UUUUCGCUCGAAAAUGUAUAAAUUGUGAGACCAUAAACUCACACCCUCAUACAGCCAGAAAGCAAAUAAACCACAAUUAAUUGCAAAUAUGUACAGAAAUCACAAGGUAAGAGCCCUCCUUCUUACUGCUAUCGAAGUUUUGAUGAUUCUAUUAUGUGCUGCUUGGGUUUCUCUUUGGCUCUUAAAACCCACCGAUCUCUGGACAAGAAAAUGGCGUCUCGCUGAAAACAGUGCCCGAGCCACUGUAUUUGGAUACUAUGGUCUCAAUUUCGUUGUGUACACUUUUCCUGUUAUUGCUCUUGUUAUAAUUGGGCUGGUUUACUUGAAUUUCAAACCCUCCAAGCCACGAACUUUCAGGCGAUCAAAGUUCUCAACUUUUUCCAAUGCCCUCUCGAACCCACUUGUUGUGAACAGUUAUCUUGGUGUUUUAUCUGGAACUGAGAUUCUUGGUGUAGCUUUUUUUCUCCUCUUCCUGGUUUGGACAUUCUAUGCUCGAAUUUCUAAAGAUUUCAGAAAGUUGAUGCCCGCCGAAUCACUCAACUUGCAGAUAUGGGAACUGAAGUAUCUAAGAGUAGCCACCAGGUUCGGUCUGCUGGCAGAGGCCUGUUUGGGGCUGCUUCUUCUGCCUAUUUUGAGAGGAUUGGCUCCAUUUCGGCUGAUUGGCAUUCAGUUUGAAGCUUCAGUGAAGUAUCACAUCUGGCUUGGCACUGCAAUGGUGUUAUUUGCCACCUUUCAUGGCGCAAGUACCUUGUUCAUUUGGGGGCUCAGCAACCAGAUUCAAGAUCAGAUGUGGAAAUGGCAGAACACCGGCCGGAUUUACAUCGCCGGAGAGAUUACUUUGAUUACAGGACUGGUGAUUUGGAUCACUUCCCUCCCUCAGAUAAGGAGGAGAAAGUUUGAGAUCUUCUACUACACUCACCAUUUGUACAUUGUCUUUUUUGUGUUCUUCUUGUUUCAUGCUGGAGAUCGACACUUCUACAUGGUAUUUCCCGGAUUGUUUCUCUUCGGCAUCGAUAAGGUGCUCCGAAUUAUUCAAUCUAGGACCGAAACUUGUGUUGUAUCCGCUCAAAUCCUCCCCUGCAAAGCUGUGGAGCUAACUCUGCCAAAAGAUCAAAGGCUGAAGUAUAAGCCAACUAGUGUUGUGUAUGUGAAGAUACCAAGGAUUUCCAGAUUUCAGUGGCAUGCUUUCAGUUUGAUUUCCAGCUCGAGCGUCAAUGAUGACACAAUGUCGAUUGUUGUUAAAUGCGAUAAGUCGUGGACGAGAUCUUUGUAUGACAUGAUAAGUGCUGAACGGGAGGGAGAGUCUAAUCAGUUGAAGUGCAUUUCCAUUGCAGUUGAAGGCCCUUAUGGACCUGCCUCCAUGGACUUCCUAAGGUAUGAUCACUUGCUCCUUAUUGCAGGAGGAAUUGGAGUAACCCCUCUUUUGAGCAUUUUACAGGAGAUCACUUCUAUGCAAAAGAGCAGUAACUUCAAAUGCCCUGCAAGAAUACAACUUAUUCAUGUCAUGAAAAAGUCCCACGACGUUUCACUACUCACCUCGAUCUUACCUUUACUAUUGAACCAUUUGGAUGCGAAAAUGUAUUUGCAGCUCAAAGUAUUUGUGACACAAGAAGAGGAAUCUAGCACAACUGUAUCAGAACUGCUAAACAAGUUCUCUCAAGUGCAGACCAUACAAUCAAGCACGAAAUGUUCGAGCCAUGCAGCACAAGGGCUUGAAAGCUUGGGCGGGAUGGCCACAAUUACUGGAUUGACAUCUAUCAUGUUCUUCGUCGCUCUAGUCUUCUUCAACCACAUCGUCAUUCCCACCGAGAAGGCUUCCAAAAAGACGAAAGAUCGAACUCCAUCUUGGAUCUCAGAUCUACUCCUGAUGUCUUCUUUCGCUUUAGCUAUCUUAUGUGGGGCGGUCGUGGGGAUCAUUUUAAGAUGGAGAAGACUGAAGAAAGAAACUGUAGCAGUCAUCCAAAGCCAAAACCAAAAUGCAGUUCCAAGUUCAGAAGCAAGAGCGAGUAUACAGGAAGAACAUGAAAUACAGUUUGGAGGAAGGCCCAACUUCAAAGAUAUAUUCUCCGACAUCCAAAAUGAUGCGGGUGGGUCAGAAAUCGGCGUGAUCAGCUGCGGACCGGAGACGAUGAACAUGUCUGUAGCAUCAGCAUGCAAGGAAAUGUGUGAAUGUUUAAGGAGAGGCUCAAAGAAGAAGAAACAGAAAUUCAAUUUCCACUCCCUCAACUUCACACUCUGAUGUUGCUGCUAAGCUAACAACAAGACCAACAAGCAGCCAAAGCAGGAGACAUUUCAUGGAAAAAUAAAUUAUUCUCUUCACUAUCAAUGUUAAAACUUUUCUAUUUAUAGAAAACAUAGAGAUGUUAAUCCAAAAUUUACUCCAUUUUAAUA